UGGACCCCUACAUCAGCAACAAGUACUGUGCCCAAAGAGGUCUGUAGUAUCUGAAACAGAGGCACACGAUCCUCAUCGAUUUCUCGUUGCAAUUUUUUAUGUUGAUACGGUGAAUGUGAAUCCGGCAUUUCGAGUAGUAAAUAAAUAAAAUAAACAGUGCAACGAACUUAAUUAAAGGAGUUCGAGAGCAACAGGAUGGAGUUGUCGGAUAUCCCUUUUCCAAUUCCAUCCGCAGAUGACUUUUAUGAUGACCCCUGCUUCAACACAUCUGACAUGCACUUCUUCGAGGACCUGGACCCCAGGCUGGUACACGUGGGACUGCUGAAACCGGAUGAUCACAGUCACAACGAAGACGAGCACAUUCGAGCGCCGAGCGGACACCAUCAGGCGGGCAGGUGUCUCCUCUGGGCGUGUAAGGCUUGCAAAAGGAAGACCACCAAUGCCGACCGCAGGAAAGCUGCCACCAUGCGGGAGAGAAGGCGGCUCAGCAAAGUUAACGACGCCUUCGAGACCCUGAAAAGAUGCACGUCUACGAACCCCAACCAGAGGCUACCGAAGGUAGAGAUCCUCAGAAACGCCAUCAGCUACAUCGAGUCCCUGCAGGCCCUACUCAGGGGACAGGAAGAGAACUAUUAUCCUGUCCUUGAAAACUACAGCGACUCUGAUGCAUCCAGUCCUCGAUCGAACUGUUCAGACGGAAUGAUCGACGUUAACGGCCCAACUUGCUCCGCGAGAAGAAAUAGCAGCCACGAUAGUGUAUACUUCAAUGAAACUCCUAAUGAUUCCAGGCAUAACACGAGGUCAAUCAUUUCCAGCUUGGAUUGUCUGUCGAGUAUUGUCCAGCGGAUUUCAACAGAGGCUCCCCCAUGUCCCACAAUCCAGGAGGGUCCCGAAAGCAGUCCCUGCUCCCCCCAAGCAGGAUCGAUACACGAACCGGGAGCCUCCUUCCCGUCUCCGACCAGCCGUCCCCAUGCAGCCCAUGACCCGGUCUACCAGGUGUUAUGAAGGAUCCCAACAGCAAAGUAGACGGACCGUCGAAGAAAACUUUACAUUCUUGAUUAUAGACCAAUUUCUUUAAACGAAGAAGACGAACAUAUGGCCUUGCUUGCCACCUUUCGUGGGAAUAACUGGAACGGCUGAUUACGGACUGGCGUGUUGUUUCUAAAAGCCAGAAGUACGAUCAUUAAACCAUCACCAGCCUUCUUCAUAUUAUAAAAUAAAAGCUCACACACAUACACAUACUCACGCUAAUAUUCCGCUCAAUUUGUAAUUUAGGCCUAUACAACCAUGUGAUUAUCUCUGACGUUUAUCCUAUUCGACUCUGCUUGAGUGAGUGUUAUCGUUAAGUAUAUCCAAAUAUAUUUAUGACUUACAUUUAUGGAUAUUUUUCAAGGUAAUUUUGAUGAACACUCAUUUUCUGUGCCAGCAGGAGUGUGAAUUAUGUUUUGAUUUUCGUGGACGGAGGAGUCAUUCAUAAUCUUAAAAACGAGGACCAUUUUGUAUAUUUGUAUAUAAAAGCUGGUUUGUUAAAUCGUUUUACUAUUUAAUGUUGCUUGGUUUGGUGUGUCGGAUAUUCAAAAUUAUAUUUAUAUAUCAAAACUGAGGGAAUGUCAGUGCGUUAAUAAAGAAUCCGAUGGCUAUUUA